AUGGGAGACCUUUUUUCCUUAUUUUGGGAAAUGAAUCCUCCUCCCUCGCCUUUAACAAUCCCCAUUCCAAACCAGGAUCAUGAAUGCCGGAAGGAUGACUCUUGUGGAACAAUAGGCAACUUCCUGCUUUGGUAUUUUGUCAUUAUCUUGAUCCUGCUGGUUUUCUCUAGGACUUCUGUCUGGAUAUCUGAGAAAAGCAAAAAGAAUGAAGACAGUGGGACAAGCUCUCCAGAAAGUAAAGCAAGCAAAGAUACUUCCUAUAAGCAGGACAGCAAAGAUUCCAUCUGGGACUCUUUAAAAGGGAUAAAGAAAACAAAGCAUUUCCAACUGGCCCCUGUCACGGACUCAGAAAUGGUUUUGGUCAAUGCUUAUCUUGAAGGAAGACGAUCCAGGCUCCAGUCUCAACUCAACCAAAGAAAGCAAAUCCAACACGACAGUGAGAGCACUGAAUGUGAGAGUGAAGAGUCAAACUCGGCACUCUCCUCGUGGAAAGAGAGUGAGAAUGAACUCCAGCCAUCCCCAGCCAGCAUCAGGAGGAGGAAACCAGGCCUGCGGCAAAACAAUCUGAGAAAGAUUUCCCAGAGCUGGGAAAGACCCUGCCUCCAUUGUAAAGCCGUAAGAACCAAUGAAUGGUUGAUUCGCCAUUUCCUUCAAGAGCCUUCAGUGGAAGCCCCUAAGAAGUAAGCUGUGUAAAAGGAAAAUUCUGUAGCCACCAUUAAUACCAAAUUCAGUUCAUUUUGA